UUUUUUUUUUUUGAGUGAAUGAUUUUAAUUACUUUUUUUUAUCAUCAUUAUUUUUUUGAAACCUUGACAGUGAUUUAGUUCGGUAAAGUCCUUUAUUAUUGUCGUCGUGAAAGGAUAAAGUGGGAGACACAUUACCUAACUGAAUAAUUAUAUUCUAAUUAAAGUUGAAUAAGUAUCAAUCCUCUGAGCAGCGUCCUGGGGGGAAAGUUAUAAAGAUAGAAAGAAAAGAAAAUUAAAAAAAAAAAAAAAGUACGGUGGCCGUGACAGCCGUAAGUGAAUUAAUUGCGAAUUUAUAAUUUCCUGUGAUUACGGUUUAAUGUGCGUCCCAAUUAAAGUUUAAUAACUUUCUUAAGUUCAUAAAUUUUUUUUUUAUUUUGUUCUGCUAUUUCUCUUGGGUGGACGUGUUUUUGUACAAUUUUCGUAUUAUUUUCACGAAGAAGGAAGAAAGUUUUUUGUGGAUUAUCGGUUUUUUUUGGCGCAAAAUGUCGGUGUUUUUGGUGCUGUUGCUGGCCUUUGUUCAUGAUUGUCAACUUGGUGGUGGUGGUAGGGGAGCCAGUGGCGUGUACGGCCUCUUUGUGACUGACAUCAAUGUUCCAGAAAUUGUUGACUUUCGGGAUAAUGUGACUUUGUCGUGCAGCUAUGAUAUGAGUGGGCACACAUUAAACUCUGUGAAAUGGUACAAAGAUGAAAUGGAGUUUUUCAGAUACUCUCCAAUGAUGCAUCCAGUUUACAUGAAAUUUCCAGUUGCUGGUGUGAUGGUGAGCGAAGAUAAAAAUUUCUGCAACGAAUUUUCGUGUCAAAUCGAAUUGAGUUUGCAAGGAAAAAAAUCAUCAGGUGUGUACCGAUGCGAAGUAUCUGGUGAUGCACCACAUUUUAAGCUGACAACUAAAGCUGCCAAUAUGACUGUUGCAGCUCUGCCGCAAAAUAAUCCGCUUAUAAGCAGCUUUCACUCAAUGUACCGGCUUGAUGAAUUCGUCACAGCAAACUGCUCAUCCGAUUAUUCAAGUCCACCAGCAACAUUGACAUGGUACAUAAAUGGCGAAAGGGCAUUUCCGGGUGAACUACAACCAAGAAUGGAACAAACUAUACCUGCGCACGAUUACAAUUUGCGUAGGCAAACGUUGCAAGUGCAUUUCUAUCUUAAUGGACCGAGAUAUUUUAAUUCAGGAAGGAGUUUACAAUUGAAAUGUGUGGCAGAAAUUGACAAAUAUCCGGAUUUAAGACGAGAAUCAUCAUUGAGUGCCGUCCUAACGCAUGAUGAAAAUUUAAACAAUCAAAUGUUGCUUAGUUCGGGUAUGUCUACCUCAGUGUCAAACAAUCGUAUAAAUGUACUUUUGCUACUUACACUUCUAACAACGAUAAGUGUUCAUCAUAGCACAUUCAUGACUGCCAUGAAAAGAUAGUAAAGUAAACUCUUUAAUUAAUAUAUAAAUUUAAUAUAAAA